UUGGGGCAGUAGCGGACUUCUUGAUAUUCACAAACCACCAGUGGCGCCCUUUCUCUGCAAUAUUUCACGAGUGCCUUCCGUAUAAGAACCCAGUCAGGUAUGCGUAAUCAAAACGCCAUACGUGAUAUGCGCAGCGGAACGCGGAAGGGGGAUUGCAUCCUAGUACGCAAUUCAAUGUAGAUAUGUAUGGGCAGGGGGAAGCGCCCGUUUCUCGUGGAAUGCUGCCUUAUUUUGCCCGCUGUCGUUGCUGGGGUUCGGGAGUUGUCCCACGACCGGUAGCACUUACUCGCCACUGAGUACAACGUGACACGGGUUCAUCCUUUUGCGAAUGUCUUGUUCCGUGGAUUCUAUCCCAACCAUUCCUAGCUGGGCUGAAGGAGCACGGAAAAGGAGCCGCGGCGAGUGACCUGCCACAGCCGAAAACGUGUUGCUCUGACAAUCAACACUGAAGACUGCUGCCGAGCCCUCGGCCCGAUUAUUUGACGUUUCCAGUUGCAUUCAUCUAUGAGCUCGCUUGACAGCUGGUCGGUUGUCAUAAAACCUUUCACUGAGGCGUUUGCUGACUUUCCCCUUCCUCCGGCAUCUUUGAGUUGGUGUCGGAGAGAACGAGUCUAACGAGGCUUGUCUCCAGUUGGGGGGGAUAUGGGUGAGCAAGCAGACCCGAUGCAGUGGUUCGUGGCAAGGCAGCGUCAAAAUUCAGGGCAGUGAUGCCUGGCAUGGUGAUAUUUCGGAGGCGCUGGUCAGUCGGCAGUGAUGACCUGGUGCUACCUGCUCUCUUUCUGUUUUUGUUACACUGUAUCUGGCUGGUAGUUCUCUCCGUGGUUUUGUUCGGCCUUCCCUAUGGCUCUGACCAGUCCUGUUCUAUAACACUGGUGGACCAUGGCCGAGGGUACAUGGGCAUCUUGGUCAGCUGUCUUAUCUGUGAGAGUGCCAUCAUGUGGUUAAGUAUGAGAGGUAGCAUCCUGUACACACAGCCCAGGGAAGCUGUACAAUACGUCAUCUACAUCCGACUAGCCAUUCUUCUAGUAGAGCUUGUGUAUGCAGUCGUGGGAAUUGCCUGGCUUGUUCAGUAUUACCAACCAUGCUCUGAUGUGACUGCCAAAAACCUAGCUUUGGGGAUUGUUGCAUGCAACUGGCUAGUGAUAUUAAGCGUCUGCAUUACGCUUAUGUGCACUUUUGAUCCUACCGGUCGGACAUUUGUCAAACUGAAAGCAACUCGCCGGCGUCAACGAAACCUUACAACAUACACGCUAAGACACCGACUUGAAGAAGGCCAGGCCAGCAGCUGGAGCAGGAGACUGAAAUUCUUUAUGUGUUGCACAAGAGCCCAGGACACACAAUCAGAUGCAUAUUCAGAGGUGGCAAGUCUUUUUGCAGAGUUCUUCAGAGACCUGGACAUUGUGCCGAGUGAUAUAAUUGCUGGCUUGGUUCUCCUCCGUCAGACACAGAGAUCUAAAAGAUCAUCUAUCCUGGACCAGGGCAACAAUGAUAUUUUAGCCUUCCUGUCUGGGAUGCCUGUCACUCGGAACACUAGAUAUCUGGACCUUAAGAACUCGACUGAGAUGGGCAUGUAUAAGGAUGUGUGCUACUACAUGCUCUUUGCUCUCGCUGCGUAUGGUUGGCCCAUGUACCUGAUGAGAAAACCAGCCUGUGGACUGUGCCGCCUCGUUAGCACCUGCCCGUGCACAUCAAUGUCUGGCUCACGUUUGUCCCAAUCAGUGACAGUGGAGGAGGACAAUUGUUGCGGUUGUAAUGUUUUGGCCAUACGCAGACAAUUCUUGGACCGGGAUCUGAAGCAGGUUCACAUAGUCUACACUUCCUGCCAUGAUGCAGUUUAUGAGACUCCAUUUUUUGUGGCAGUGGAUCAUGAAAAGAAGAAGGUGGUCAUCAGUAUCAGAGGGACAUUAUCGCUAAAGGAUGCUUUGACUGAUUUGUCAGGGGAUUCUGAGCGUUUACCUGUGGAGGAACAGCAUGGGACCUGGCUUGGUCAUAAGGGGAUGGUUUACUCAGCAGAGUACAUUAAGAAGAAACUGGAGCAGGAAAUGAUAUUGUCACAAGCUUUUGGAAGAGACUUGAACAAGGGCACCAUGCAUUAUGGACUGGUGAUAGUAGGCCAUUCUCUUGGUGCUGGUACUGCUGCUAUUCUUUCCUUCCUGCUGAGACCUCAGUAUCCCACACUUCACUGCUACUCUUACUCCCCACCUGGUGGCCUUCUUAGUGAGGAUGCCAUGGAAUACUCCAAAGAGUUUGUCACCUCUGUUGUAUUAGGAAAAGAUCUGGUACCAAGGCUGGGCCUGUCUCAGCUGGAGGGGUUCCGUCGCCAUUUACUAGAAGUUCUACAAAAAAGUAACAAGCCAAAGUGGAGGAUCAUUGUGGGAGGCACCAAAUGCAUCCCAAAGUCGGAGCUUCCACUUGAGGAGGAGGAUCCUCCAUCUCAGCAAGCAGCACCCCCCAGCAAUCGUCUGUGGCUCCACCCCAGUGACCUCAGCAUCGCCCUCUCAGCCUCGACCCCCCUGUACCCUCCUGGCCGGAUCAUCCACGUGGUGCACAACCAUCCUCCAGAGACCUGCUGUGGGCAGGAAGAGCCAACAUACUCGGCUCUUUGGGGGGACAACAAGGCCUUCAAUGAAGUCAUCAUUUCGCCCGCCAUGCUUAAUGAGCACAUGCCUCUCAUGGUGAUGGAAGGUCUAAACAAGGUGCUGGGACCAUGUUAUCCUCUGUCUGAACAGUGGACUCUGGAAGUGGAGGUCCUGGAGAACUACAACAAAGGCAAAACGGCUUUGCUGUCUGCAGCCAAGAUCAUGGUCAGCCCGACAGAAGUGGACUUGAACCCUGAGAGUGUAUUCAUGGCUGCAUCUGCAACAGCCCAGCAGCUGAUGCCUGUUACUCAUCACCGGAGGAACAGUAGUGUUCGACAAAAAACAUUGCUACGUUCCUGCGCCCAGUCUGAAAUAUCUCUGGAUGGUUUCUCUGAGUGUCCUCCUCCUCCAGUACCUGUAGUGUUACGCGGAGCACGGGAGCGCCUGACCGUGGAGCUUAGGGACCGCAAAGCUCCAUUAGCAGUCAUGGAAAGCCUGUCAGACGCUGAAUCUGUCUACAGCCUGGAUUCCAGGCGCUCCUCUGCUGCGCUUAGAGGUUCUCCAAUGCUUAGUAGCCUACCCUUCCCUUUGGAUGCGCCGAUUCCUGAAGAGAAUCCAUCUCUCAGCUCUCGCACUGAGCUGCUGGCUGCUGACAGCCUCUGCCAGGCCACACCAGAACACCUGGGUGAGAUUGGGCCUUUCUUCACACCAUUGGACCGUGGAUCGAAUCCGGAGUACUCCGUGCAGCUUUCCCCCGCCACACCUCAAUACAGUGGACAUUAUUCACCUCAACCUUUCAACGCAGAGCCUAACGUCUACUCUGAAAUUGACCCUGAUGUGCAACAGAUUCCGGGCGUCUACAGUCCAGGUAGCACUCCCGACGCUCCCCGGAGGCCACAAAUUGCUUCUAGAGCAAUGGAUGAAGAUGAAGACAAGUGGGAGUUCAGCAUGGAGACUGGACGGGAAACUUCCCCGCCGCCCACCCAGCUGUCAAAUGGAAACCCCAGCCGAACGGUGCUGGAAUUUGCCCAGUACUUGGACUCUCUAUUUAGACUAGAUGGCAGCAGCUCACCUCCAAUGGAUCUGUCUGAUGGGGAGUCGGAGUCAGGACGCGGCUCACUUGGCCACGUCGAGUGUUUGGGAGAUGAACCAGAUGGCAAGCAGCUUCUGGCCAGGGCAACACUGGAGCCAAACCUGGUCCCCAAGCCACCGCGCACUUUUGCCGGAUCUGCUGACCCGUCUUCUGGCAUCUCCUUGUCACCUUCCUUCCCCCUCUCAUCAUCUGAGGAACUCAAUGACCUUUCACCUGGUGAGGGUGCCCCACCUGCCAAUGACUCACUACGAACAUCUCUCCCUAUCCACUGUUCUGAGGAGAACACUCUGUCCUCUAUGGUGUAGUCCACUUCAAACAACGGUAUACUCCAAAUGAAGGACGCAGUCAUCCCAGAUUAAAAAAAAUAAAACAACAAAACAAAAAAAACAUAUCACAGUAUGUGCAUGCGAUGGAAUGUAGUCACUCAUCAGAGACCUAAGAACAAACCUUGACUUGCCAACUCACAAAUAAUUUCCAUUCUUCAGGUGUCCCCCCCCCCCCCCCCCCCACACUUUAAUGACAUUUUCACACUAUUGCAAUGACUACAAAGAAGAUACCUCUCUGCAUGCCAGGGGGCUGUGCUGCUUUUGGGUGCAAAUAAACAACUGUAGCUUCACCAAUACCGUUCCAAAACAAUGUCGUGAUACAUUUCAGCAUAUGUUCAUUCCCUGACUUAACUCAAGGAAGGAGAGAGUCGUUAAUUCAGCAGGGAUUCAAAAGCUAACACUGUAGAAGAAACUAAUUUGCAUUGGCACGUCAUCUUGGGUUGACGUGCUCUACUACUUCCUGCACCCUCAGCAGCAUAUUUUCUUCCUGCUCUUUAUUUUUCAUUGUUCAUUCAGGAAUGUGAAGAUGGACGUAUAUGUCAGUCAGUAGAAGUGUGAAGACGUGACACAAUGUUCCUCAGGUCUACCUAUACAGAGUUGGUGUCGAGGAAGAGAUGGUGUGUGUGUGUGUGUGUGUGUGUGUGUGUGUGUGUGCGUGUGUGUGUGUGCGGUUGAAAUCGUGUCUUAAACAUCUUGUGAUUGUGACAAAGUUAUUACAGACGCCUAUGGAUGUUUUUAAGCCUUUUGGUUACUCUUUAUAGUGCAUGAUAGCUCUUUUGUCUUUCUUUUCAAAGAGAUUUGGUUACCAAGUCAGUUAAUUGACAAUUGAGUACUCUUGUUCACAUCAUGUUUGCUUGGUACCCUCCUUCCCAGAUAAUUGAAUACCUUGAUAUUGCCACAUCUAUUUCUCAGAUGUACUUUUGUGUAUGUUCACUGCUUUAUUUGAACACAAUGAGUUAUGUUUAUGACGUCCCACUCCUGUCAUUCCCAUGGAGACUGUUACGCACACCACAAGAAGACGCCACCUGACCACCAUGGCUUGUUACCACUGCGAAUUUGUGUCAGCCUUCAGGCCGCAAUAACCACCAAGCUCAUAGUUUUCUUACUUUUAUAGAGACGCUACCGUUCUCGUGGUCAGAUUCUUUGCAGUGGGGCUAGUUUCCGUGAUACAAAUGUUGCCAUCAUGUCAAAGAAAUCCUUCUGUUUUUAAGACCAGUUUAAUUCAAAUGCAGGAUUCCAGACAUAACCAAACCAUGCUUCUUCUAAUUGUCCCAGGAUGCAUUUACUCUUGUUCUCAAGGUGCUCUCAGACAUGAUGGACAUCAGGUGUUUGCUUCCCUUUAAUCUGGUUCACCUCGCUCUUCCUCGAGGUUGGACUCCAUGGAUAAAUGAGCUGGUGUUGAUUCUACCAUGGUACAAUUUACCAUAUCACCAAGGGUCUAACAGAUAAACAGGCGGUUUACUAUUUGCGUUAUUUAUUAUGAUAAAUGGUUUCACUAGUAUUGCUGUAUUUGAUGGUAAUAUCCUUAAUGCUCUUGCAACAGAUUGAUGGUGGUGCAAUUUUUUUUAAAACUUGAAUCUUUUUUUGGUCUUUUUUUUUUAAAGCACUUCGCAGAGGUUGUGCGUUCAUCUUUUUUUCUGUCCAAGUGGAAAAGUAUUUCACAUUGGGCACAUUACGUAUGUUCCAUUGUGGUGAGACAUUCUGCAGAAUGACCGUUGGUGGAGUGCCUGGCCUGGAGUCACCAACGUGAUCUGCUUAGUUUCUGUUUGGACCAAGAGUUGUUACUCACAGCACAUCUCACAUCUUGCCAAUUUACAGUCUGUCACUGCACAGAUCAUUUUGCCAGUCCCUCGUCUCUCUCACAAAUACUCGGGUUAUAAACCCAUUCAAUCAUUACUCUUGCAACCAUCCCAAGCACUGAUUUGGCCAUGAUGUGUACAGCACCAUUCUCCGUGUGUAUUAUUUAUGCAGAUGUCUACUACUAAUAAUAAUAAUUCCAAUAACCUAACAGAGAAUAACUUUAUAGCAAGAAGAAGGUGUCUAUUUAAGAUAUAAAUAUUGAUAUACAAGACAAGAAAUAUUUCAUCUGAAAGUUAUUUAUUGGAACUAUUGGAAAAAUUAGCAAAUUGUUCUUGUAAAGAAAGAGGAACAUUUGCAUAUGUGUCGACACCAUGUUUAUCUGGUUUGCUUAUCUCCCCUCCUUAUCCAAGUUUCAGUACUGGGAAUGUAUGUUAUCCCUUUCUGACUGAAUUUGACCGUUAUGGAAUAAAUGAAAAACCAUGGUCAUAA